GAAACUUCCCGGAUGUUGCUAUUCCAGGAAGUGAGUCCUAUGACAACAAUCCUGUGACAAGCGUUGUGUUUGAAUCGAGAAACAAAUUGUCCUGAAAACCGCGCAAAAUGGAUUGAUCGUGUGAUCACAAGAAGAGCAUGGAGAAUGAUGAAUUUCCGCCAGCGGAUGGGGUGGAUAGGUGUUGGACUGUACUUGUUGGCCAGUGUCACUGCCGUGUAUUAUAUAUUUGAGAUCAGCCAAACAUACAACCUACUUGCACUGGCACAAGAACAAAAGGCGGCUGGGGCGCAGACUAAAAGGUCAGAAGAUGCUUCUUCCUCUUCCCCAUCUUCAACAUCAUGGAUCGUGACUCUGAAAACGAGACUUCUCCUCCUGCCCUUCUGGGUGUGGGCCACCAUUUUCCUCAUUCCCUACCUCCAGGUGUUCCUCUUUCUUUACUCCUGCACAAGGACGGACCCCAAGACUGUAGGAUACUGUAUUCUGCCCAUCUGCCUUGCUGUUCUCUGCAACCGUCAGCAAACCUUCGCCAAGGCCUCCAAUCAGAUCAGCAGACUGCAGCUGAUUGACACUUGAAGUGAUUGUUAAAGAUGAUGAGGAGGUGCCAUACAGUGUGGUGUCUUAGGGGUUGGGCAAUACAAAAGUGCAUUCAUCAAUAAGAAUCUUAUUUUUUUUAAGACUUGGUUCUGAUUUUUUUUUUUUUUUUUGGUGUAGGAAUUAAAAGGGGAAUGUGAUUAGGAUUAAUGUCUUUGUAAUGUUUUUUUUUUCUCUCUUUGUCAAACUAAUUGUUUGAGUUACUUACAGUUCCACACCAGUUUUUAAAGUGUAUUUUUAGCAAAAAAAACAAAAACUGGACUAUAGGUGGUGUUCCGUGCUCUUUCAAGCUGAAUAGCAAAAUUGGUCCACAUUUUAAUUGAAGUAAAUUUAUAACGGGAUCCAGAAAUAUUUUCCAUGUUGGCUCAGCCUUAUGGAACUUUUUUUUUUAGAAGCUUUGUCUUUAUUAACUUUUGUAAUUGAAAUAAAAUUGUAUUAAUAAAAUCUAAGUAGCCUAAAUUGAGUCAAUAAAGCCAUUGACUAAAGAUGUGGAGGAUUUAUAGUGUCACUUUAAUGCUCCAUGAAUUUGUUUUCAACUCCAGUGGACAUUUUAUUAGUGGAAAAUAAGAAAACUGUGGAUAGUGGUGCCACAUAUGUAUUGUAAAACUGUGUCCAUCUUUGUUUUGAAUCUAAAAUGCACUCAAGGCAGUAACAAAGAAAGGAGUUGUAUUUGGAAAGGAAUUGUUUUGUAUUAAAAAUACAGUUUACUAUCAGUAUUUUUUUAAAUAUGAUUUAUUUUCAGCUCUAGACAUGGCAAUAUUAUUUUCUCCAAUUCUUUAAUUUGUUUAUUUGACAAAUCAUAUUUUUCAUGUACCAUAUUGAUAAUCAAGUGUCCUCAGAGAAAAGACAUCUGUGUUUCAGAAAGCAAAUUGUUCAUAUUCAUGUCUGUGUGGAAUAGUUGUGAACUCAAUAUGUCUUAUUGUUGAGGGAUAUCUGCAUCAUUUUACAGUGUGAGUAAUCUUAUCUUGCAUAAGAAAUGCAAAGGUUAUUUAGACUUGUUGGGUGUGUUAGGUUGUAAUAAGUCUGGCACAAAACAUUGGGUCUCAAACUUAUCAACCUGUGCCACAGACCCAAGUGUUUUGAUUUUUAAAAUCACGUCUUUUUGUCAACAGUGUCUUUUAUUGUUCAAAAAAGGCAAAUCAUUUUUGUCUAAAAGGGCUUGACUGUGAAUUUAUAAUGAUAAUGUUAAAUUGGUAUUUGUUAACUUUCCAUUGCAAUCUUAAUACACUGUGGUUUGAAACAACUCUGAAAAAAAUCAAUAAAGAAAUGUAAUGUG